AUAAGAGCCCAGCAUCUUUCGGUCUAGAACGGACUUGCUAUACUCAUCUCCGAUCUUCUUAUCAGAGCAGCCACCAGUUUCUCAGAGAUGAAAUUCGCAUUGAUGUUUUUAUCGGCGAUGGUGGUCCUCUCCCACCAGCAAUUCCAACGGCCAAGAGGUCUGAUUUGGGCGUCGCCCUACGUUCAACAUUACAAGCAAUCCGUUUACUACGGGCCCAUCGCUUACAUCCCAGUAAAUGAAGAUUUAAAUUUCCCGCUUGUUUUGGGAAGUCAAGACGACAUCGACGAUGAGCCGCAAGUUGAAUUCGAUGACGGCCAGUCAAGAUACAAAGGUUCAUCUGGCGGCCGACUCUUUUACAGCAGCACAAUCAACAAUCCGUUCUACAAAACGGCAACGUUCACCAUCACAUCGACUGUGACAACUCUCGGCUCGGUCGUCAUCUGCGUCCCGGCCAACAAUUUAGUGGCUGUUCCCUCGCCCACUUGCGCUGGCCGGAAGAAACGUGAAGCCGACGAUUCCGGAAACCAGUUCCCUAUCGUCCCUUCCAAAACUCUAGAAUUGGAGCCAACGGCUCUUCCGCCACGGGCGCGUGAAUCACGUCUCCUGUCAAUCAAUGGCAAUGACCAGGUCCUCGAUGGCUCUCUUGUUAGCACUGUUGAAGUUUCGUCAGAAAAGAUUCAGAGUGAUAAUUCGAGAGAGAAACGUUUUUUCGGUGGCGGUAUUGCUGCAUCGACUACGUUGACAUCUUAUUCGUUCAUCGCAGCGACUGUGACAAGUACGGUUCUUCUAGAUCCGACAGGGAUGAAUGUAGCUGUCUGUUUACCAGCUGGCUAUAUUGUUUGCUGAUCAAUACGACGACUGCGAAUUGCUUUCCUACUUUAUACCCCGUCUGACCGACAUUCAUUUGAAUAUUUAGCAACAUCCAAGCUGGUGAUGUACGUUCAAAUGGAAGUCCAAUCGCUUCCGUCUUUUUCGUCGCCUUUUGUAACCUUUUGUAACAACUUUUGGUUUAAAUAUACGGUUUUUUUUA